CAUUAUUACUCAACUUUUUUUGUUCAUAAAAGAAAAACACACUGCACAAGGAGUGUAUGAUAUUCAACCUUCCCUUGUAUUCAUCACAAUUCAUCUCGUGGUUCAAAAAUCAAAAUCCAGAAAAUCUGCAUUGCAGGAUGAGAAUUUGUCCUGUCAUACUCAUACUCGGUUACAGAGGACUCCAUCAUUCUUUGCUCAGAGUUCUCCCUUAAUCCCAUAUAGCAAUAGGCUGAAGGUUGAUUGCCACCCAAUCUUUCCGUAAUGGAUGUAUUGUUUAUUAACAUCAAUCACAUCACAAUGAGCAAAAGAAUUAUUCCAAAAAAUGCCAACUCUACCACCUUCAAUCAGAUUAAAAAUAGUAGCAGAAUACCAACCUGGCCACCUAUUAUUACAAAUCACUCUUUGCAAUUGUUAUAAUAAUGUUUUAAUUUAGGUCCAAAUUUUCUCAAAAAAUAUACUAUUGGAAAAUUGGAAAAAAGCUAUUUUCCCCACUAGCGGAAGAAAGGGUCCGGCCGAGAGCUGGUCAGAGGGACCUAUAAGCUCGAGGUUGAAUACCCCGUUAAGGGUGGGCUAUACAACGAGAUUGUUGAUGGCCACGAGGUGAUCUCCCAGGCCAUCCCCGACGAGGACCGGGCUUACCUGAAGAAGCUCGGCAAUGUCAAAAUCGUCCAAGGUGCCUUUAUGUUGAUGGAAAACAACAGAAGGCAACAAAGGGAGAUUGCUCGAUUGAAGCAAAUCGAGGAGAAGGUGGCUUCGGCCGAUGAGGCUCUGGGCAGCUUGGAGAGGCUGCGGCUCGAGGUGGAGGGCCUGAAGAAAAAGGCGGAUGAGGCUGAUCUGCUAGCCGCUGAGAAGGAUGAGGCCCUUCAGCGCUUGGCUGAUGUGGAGCGGGCUCGUGAUGAAGCCCUUCGUCGUGCCGAGGAGGCCGAGAAGGGUAAGGCCGAUGCAGAGUCGGCCCUGAGUGUUGCCGAAGAGUGGGCCGUCGAGGCCGCUGUGCAAAAAUUUCUCGAGGUCGGCUGGAAAGGCGAGGACCGGCUUCCCUGGUGCUUCGACGUCGUGGCGGCGAAGCUCGUUGACUGGGUCAAUAAGUGCCCUGACGGCCAGGCGUACUGGGAGAAGGAGAUGAAGGUCUUCUACGACCUUGGCCAGUACAGGAUGCAGCGGCUGCUCAAUCGGAGGCUCCAACGUCGAUUCCUAGAUCUGGGUGUUGCCAAGGAGUGGGCCGUCGGCCUUGAGCUGCCUUCGAUGAUGAGGCAUCCUGAAGCUGAACUGGAGCUCCCUGUGGUGGAAAGGCAACUCCCCAUCGAGAGCUCUCAGGCUAGUGACGAUUGGACCUAUGAGCCAAGCAUGUUCGAAGACACCUCUACGUCUGGUGCUGCUGCCGAUGGGGCCACUGCUCAAGCCGAAGAGAAAGCCGAUGUUGAAGGGAACUCAGAAGCCCUGCGGGAGUCAUGAUCCAUCACUAUUGUUUCUUUGAUUGUUUACGCUGUAACGGCCAUGAAGCCCCCCUUGUACCCCUUUUUCGUUGUGAAUGAAAAU